AGCACAGUAGCGAAUGUAAGUAGAAGGAGGAAGGUAUCACCCAGUGACCCUAUCGUGUCUGGUUGCACCAGGUACAAGUUAUAGAUUACUUUGGCGAGGAGUACGGUUGCUAUAGCUGCGGAUAGGGAAGCUCUCUUUACCAGCCGUGUGUGGUGGUUGCAUUCGAAGAAAGACUCCAGUCCAAUCUUGAGUGGCUAUCUCGAGUUAGAUCGAUUCGAGUGUGACGGUAGUGGUCAUUGGAUGAGAUCCCCCGAAGUACUAUACGAGUUUCUUUUCUUUUCUUUUUUUGUCUUUUUUUUCUUUUCUCAUCUUUCGAGAACGAAGACAUAUUUCCGUGUCCGAAAAUGUCUAGGGUUAGUGGUCGGCCUUGAUUGUAUUCGAAAAGAUCCGAGCGAGAUUCGAGCGAUAACCUCAGCCAGUGUUACUUCGACCCUAUAAGAAGAAAAAAGGAGGAAGGAGAAGAAGAAGAAGAAGAAGAAGAAGAAGAAGCCAAGUUGUUAAGAGAAUGCCUGAAUGGGUGGUGUGUGUUCAUGGAGAUCACCAGGAGUAGAACAGGUCAACGUUAACUCGAUCUUGGAUCGCGUGAUAAGCCAGGCAAGCAACCAAGAUGAUUGUUUGCUCUAUCGUCUAGCAAAUUACAAGAAGGGGGGUGAAUUGAUAGAGGCAUAUAAUUUGGGCGGUCAGCUGGAAGUGGAGAAGUUGAUGAGAGAACAGUUUGGUAUAUUGAUGUAUGGCGAUGGUAAAGGGCAGUUAAUCAAUCGUGCCGAAUACUUACGUUGGAAAUUUCGCGAUAGGGAAGAAGUGAUAUUACCGAUAGAAGCAUCCUUGCUACGUUUUGAUCCUUUAGCAAAGUGGAAAGAUCACGAAGCAUGCUGGCAAAUGCAAUAUCGCGGAUCCCUAGGAGAAAGUUUAUUACACGUACUGAUAAUAUGCGACACCAGGAUGCAUACCAGAAUCGCUAGGAUUCUACUCAAGUGCUUUCCAAGAUUGUCCAUUGACGUGGUAGAAGGUGAAGAAUAUCUCGGUGCCAGUCCGCUUCAUCUUGCCAUUGUUUAUAACAAUAAUGAACUGAUACAGGAUCUGGUAGAUGCCGGUGCUAUCGUUUCUCAACGUGCCAUAGGUAGCUUUUUCCUUCCUAAAGAUCAACAAAGAUCAAAUCCAGCGAGGAAUACCGAUUACGAGGGUCUCGCUUAUCUCGGCGAAUACCCACUUGCUUGGGCCGCUUGCUGCGCUAACGAGAGCGCCUAUAAUCUUUUGCUCGAUGUCGGUGCCGAUCCUGACAAACAGGAUUCUUUUGGUAACAUGAUAUUGCAUAUGGUCGUUGUUUGCGACAAAUUGGACAUGUUCGGGUAUGCUCUACGACAUCCGAAGCUUCCAGCUCGCAAUGGGAUUCUAAAUACCGCUGGCCUGUCCCCGUUGACACUAGCCUGCCAGCUGGGACGUGCUGAGGUCUUUCGAGAGAUGCUGGAACUGUCAGCACGAGAGUUCUGGCGCUACAGUAAUAUCACCUGUUCGGCGUACCCUCUUAAUGCACUCGACACGAUCCUGCCCGACGGUGGAACAAACUGGAACUCCGCCCUAUUCAUCAUCCUGAAUGGUACGAAGGAGGAGCAUUUGAACAUGCUGGACGGCGGCAUUAUUCAGCGAUUACUCGAGGAAAAAUGGAAGACCUUUGCUCGAUUACAGUUCUUGAAACAUUUGAUAAUCCUGGCCUUCCAUUUGACAUCACUGUCCCUGGCGAUUUACCUGCGACCUGCCGAGUUGGAUGCUGUUCUUUUAAAAUGGCCGGAGGAGAUAACGGAGAUGGCACGCAUAGCGGCUGAGUGUAUCACCAUAGCCGGAGUAUUCAACUACAUUUUCCUUCAGCAAGGCGGUGAAAUGAUGAACGUUGGCUUGCUAUCCUUUUUCAAGCAACUGACGCACGAGCCGGCAAAAUUGAUCUUUUUCAUCAGUAAUUUGCUCAUUGUUGCCUGCAUACCAUUCCGUUUCUUUGGUAAUCGUGACGCCGAGGAUGCCAUCUUGAUUGUCGCCGUGCCUACCUCUUGGUUUCUUCUCAUGUUUUUCGCCGGAGCCAUUCGACUUACUGGACCAUUCGUCACGAUGAUAUAUAGCAUGAUAACAGGAGAUAUGCUUACGUUUGGUAUCAUUUAUGCCGUCGUACUAUUCGGAUUCUCUCAAUCGUUCUACUUUCUUUAUAAGGGCUUUCCCGGUGUCAAAUCAUCCCUAUAUCAUUCUUAUCAUUCUACUUGGAUGGCAUUGCUUCAAAUAACUCUAGGUGAUUAUAACUACACCGAUUUGAGUUAUACGACGUAUCCUAAUCUCAGCAAAACAGUGUUCGCCAUAUUCAUGGUACUGGUACCGAUAUUACUACUCAAUAUGUUGAUAGCCAUGAUGGGUAAUACGUAUGCUCACGUGAUCGAGCAGAGUGAAAAAGAAUGGGUAAAACAAUGGGCAAAAAUAGUGGUGUCGUUGGAGCGUGCAGUAUCCCAAGACGAUGCGAAAAAUUAUCUACAAGAAUACAGCAUAAAGUUAGGUCCGAGUAACGAUCCGAAUAAUCCAACGUAUGAAGAGAGAGGUGUAUUAAUAAUCAAGAGUAAAUCGAAAACGAGAGCUAAGCAACGUAAGGGUGCAGUCUCUAAUUGGAAGCGCGUUGGAAAAGUCACGAUAAACGCGCUGAAGAAACGAGGCAUGACUGGCGAGGAAUUGCGACAGAUAAUGUGGGGACGGGAAUCCUUUUCAACGCCUAUACGAGCUAGUGCAAACGUCGGCGGUAACACCGAAGUUUCCGCAUUGACCGCUGGCUUUGGUGACGCACUCACCGCAGCUCUGGACGUGAUGGCCUUCACUCAUGAUUUGAAUCUCCCUGUGGGUACCACCGAGAGAAUACCUGACGGCAACGUGAACGAGAAACAACAGGCUAAGAUGCAAUCAGAAGUCACUAGUAGUUGUCAGAAUGUGCCUUCAACGAAUGUUCGAGAGAAUUGUCAAGUAGAACUUGCAAGUUCGACCAAAUUAACUGAGCUUACUACAGAUUUCAUUGAGAAACUCGUUGAACCCACAACAAAUGUUCCCAUUGAAUCGAAGCUGUCGAAAGAAGAAGAUCCGUUUUUGAAAUUGAUCAUAGCAUCGGAGUUGACGAACGAUCAAGAAUUGCUUCCAAAAUUAGCCAAAGAUGUGUUGGAGGUUGCCGAAAAAUCAGUAAAGAUAGAGACGGACGUACGAUCGAAGUCACAAAUUUUAGAAGGCUUAGCUAUGAUCAUGAUACCCACGACCGUCGAAACUUUUCUGCCGAAAAAGCAAUACUUUGUUGAGUCUAGUGACAAUGAUCUUUGCGCUAAUGAAAAAACGUUAGGAACGGAGUCCUAUCUACGAAGAAUCAGGUCGGCGAACAACAGAUUUAUGAAGAGUAGAAAAAAAUCUGGACGCAAGCCUGCCAACGGCAGUUCGUCGUCGUCGUCGUCGUCGUCGUCGUCGUCGUCGUCGUCGUCGUUGUCGGUUAAGGUGCCGGCAUCGUUGUCAUCGUCGACGUCGACGUCGACGUCGACGUCGACGUACGUCGACAAGAAUAUUAUCGGUUAUGGGUCUUUGCUGAAUGGCCCGGAAGAGGAACCAACGAAGCGUAUCCUGAACAAAGAUCGUAAGAAGUCUGUCGAAACAAUUAAGGACGAGGUCGAGCAAAAUGGUGGUACUCGCAAUCCGUUACAGGAUAAGCCACAGAAACGACGGCCGAAGACAGCUAGGAAUAGAGUAUCUCCCAAGGAGGAGCCAGCGAGGGAAAGAGAAUCGAUUGAGCGAAAUAAGGUGCCUUUAGAAACGACGACGACGACGACGACGACGACGACGACGACGACGACGACGACGGCGACGACGACGGAUCCGUUGGAGCCAUGGAGCACGCGUGGUAUUAAGGACAUGAACGCCAUAUUGGCUUGGAAGGAAAAUACGCCGGACAGUCCUUAAUGUGACUUUAUGAUACUGAGGUUGCACGUACUAUAGUCUCCGCCUUACACACUCGCACACAGUAGUAGCCUGAUUGCAUCGACGAAAAGUCUGCUUUCGCUUGACUCAAAAGUUUACACACCCGAAGAAAUUGGGAUUUAAAGAGGACCGGAGGAAGAGACUUAAUGGGUGCGAGAGAGAUAAAAGACUACGGUGGUGGUCUAUCUGCAAGAAAUUCAUUUAGAAAGAAGAAAGGCAAAAAUAUUUCUAUCCUUUUUUGUUACAUUAUUAUUUAUUGCUUUUUUAUUAACGUUCAUAAUAUGUUUUUUAUUAGUCGCCCAAGUUUCUCGCUAAUUUAUCAACCGGCACUCAAUGAAUAUGAAAUUGCAAAUUUCUAUAUCUGACUAUUCAUGGGAUCAAAGGAAGAAGAAGAAGAAGAAGAAAAAGAAGAAUAUAAAGGUAGAAAUCAAUAUUACAUCUCAAGAUUAGUAGAAUUAAUAGAAGAAGACCAACUUCCUAGCAAGUGACAAUAAUGUUACGAUCAUUAUAUGUUACUACCUUUCAAUGGGUGUCGAGAAAAUGUAAACUCUAGCAAAACACAGUAAUAUUGCAUAAACAUACAUACAUACAUACAUGCGUAUAUACAUACAUGGCUUUUGCAUACAAAGAAUAUUUGCAAGGAAAUCUUUAAUAGUAGAUUUUAAAAGGGCUUUAGAUUUGAACUACACUCUUUGGGGGUUUGUAUCAAUUAGGCAAUUAAAAGUUGAUGCGUAUAAAGGAGUGGAGAUUUCUAAAGGAGGAAGAAAUAAGAUGCGUAACAAUUACUGCGCUCGUGUGGUAAUAUUAUUAAUUUUGAUAAACUAUAUUAAUAUCUUUCAUAUAUCUCUCUCUCUCUCUCUCUGUUCUUACGGAAUAAAUGAAACGAGUAAGUGUCGUAUAAAGGUAAGAAAGUAGCCAUUUGCAGAGUUGUUGAGAUUACUAGCGGGAUUAAAUUUGUAUCGCCGAUAAACAACUUUCAUGAAUGUUUAAUAACGAAAUGAAGCUUUUAUCUGGCCGGUCCUUUGAUUUCUUUGUAUCUUCCAUGAACGUAUGUACGUACGUAUGUAUGUAUGUAUGUAUGUAUGUAGACUGUUUCCAUCUCUUUCUACAAGAAUGGCAUUUGACAAAGGACCCAGAAAAGGUGGAGAGGGAAAGGUGGAGGAAGAGGGGACGAAAAGAGCGUAAACGAUUCGAGGCAGGCUCCGACCACGGACAACGAGAUUCUCGCUCGAUCAAUGAAGAAACUUCCAAACGAACGGGAAUUAUACUCUCUCUCUCUCUCUCUCUCUCUCUCUCCCCCCUCGCCGCCAGUGAGUUUCCUCUGAAACUUCGUUUAAUGAACUUUCGACUUACUUAUACGGAAUUUGAGAGAGAGAGAGAGAGAGAAAGAGUUGGGGUGACACGUCAGUAAGCGACUCUUGGAGCCAAUCGCGUAUAGCAAAAGCAUUCGCGAUGAAUUCACGUAGUAUCGUAGGAAAGUAAGAAAGUUGUUAUAUAGGGAGUUUGUCGGGAUUAGUCGCGGGAUAAAAAUUUGUGCAGCUUCGAUAAAGAAGUUUUGUGAUUUUUAAUAAUAAAAUGAAACUUUGAUUUUUUCAUGUAUUCGCAAAAGAUUAAUUGACAAAUUUUUCAAAAGUAAAAGAAAAGAAAUCGAUCAGGAUGCAUAGUAAAGGAGAUGCAUGGUAUAACGAGAAAGAAGGGAAGAAAAAGGUGGGAAAAUGGAGAGGGUAGUAAGGUACGGUGACGAUCUAAAGAGAGCGUAUAAAGAGACCGAACGAUAAAGAGAAUAAGGGUGGGAAGAGAGCCGAUGGGGAUGGAAGCGCGAGCGCGUAGGAGAAGGCUUUUCUUAAAUUCGGAGAGGAGUGUUAGCAGUGUCUACAGAACGGAUCGAGCAGCAGUAGCAUUGGCAAAAGGGGAAGCUUCGACACAAAGGAGUAGUUUCGAUCAACUCCGAUCGAUUCCAUAGAUAUUGUGUGCACGACGAUUUACGUCCACUUUAUUUCCCACAGGAAUAGGGUGGUGGAUGCAUUCAUGAGAAUACGCAAUAAUAUUAAUUUCUUUUUCUUUAUAUACGAGAAGCGGCACAUAUUUCUAUUGUUAUUAUGAAGAAUAAACUUAUCGAAAGCUUGGAAAUGUUGCAUUAGCUAGGAUAAUAAUAAUAAGCGGCGAUAUCGGAAUUUAAGUUAAAUUAAAAUUUUAAAUUAAAUAAUGUAGAUAUUAGGACGAUUAAAUUCGUUCAACCUCGUC